UCAAAUAUGGCGACCAUCAUGUGAAAACUGGGAGGAAUUCGUCACCGUGAAUAUCACUUCGUAGUUUCAACAUAAAAACAAGCACACGCUGUGGUUCAUAGUUAAAUAAUAUUCAGAUACCUAGGGCUUUAUUCGGACUGGUCGCAGGCAUGGAGGCGCUGAAAUUGAAUGAGCACGAGCAGCGAGUUUACGCCGAACUGUUUACAAGCUGUGAUGUGGAUAACAGCGGCAGAGUUCCGUGGACGAAAGCCAGCGAAAUAUUCCGAGCGUCUCAGCUGCCAGGUGACACUAUACAGAAAAUUCUUGAGAUAUGUGGAGCAAAGAGACUGGGUCAUUUUGGACGCAGCCAGUUCUACAUUGCACUGAAGCUAAUAGCGGCUGCUCAGGUCGGUCUUCCACUAACGACAGAUACCUUCAACUCAGGAGUGGAGCUGCCGACACCUAAAUUUGCACGAUUUGGCGUUGCCGAGCGACCAAAGCUGCAGCAGCAGCAGACGUACCCGAUGUACGGACAGGUGGCUCCAUCUGCUGAGGCAGAAUCCGCACCCAGCCAGCCUGCCUUGGAGAGGCAGCAGACCUUGCCAGGGCAGCUUCCACCUCCACCAAGCAAGCAUUCACGCACACAGUCUAGCAGUCGCCCCUGCGAGCUCGCCUCCACAACAUACCAGCAGACAACAGGAGGAGGUGCAAUAGGGAACUAUGACCACGCCCUGUCACCACCGUUCUCCCCUACAGAUGCACCCUCCUCCUCCAUGCAACCAUUGCCGGGCCAAGCUCAGCAGCAGCCGUUGCCGGGGCAACAUCACCAACAGCAUCCGCACACGCAGCAGCCGUAUCCGGGACAACAUUUUGUGCAGCCGUUUCCUGGGCAACAGCACAAUCAGCUGCACAGAUGGGAAUUCGCUUCGCCAGGUGAGAAGCAGACAAAUGCAGGCUCACAGCAGCAGCUGCCGAGCGACGGGCAUCCACGGUUGCCACAGCAACAUCGUAGCGACGAUGACUCGGGGGAGGCUGUGAGCGAGGAGGAGGAGGAUGUCUGGCUGAUCACAGAGGAGCAAAGACAGUAUUACAUGAACCAGUUCCUAACAAUGCAGUCCGACGUUGACGGGCUCAUAAGCUACCAUUACCUGUCCCACUAUCUCACAAAUCUCAUUAUGUGGCGAUUUGGCUUGGUGAUGAUGAUCUUCAUGGGUAUCCUCAUGCGGUAUAGGUCCUCACUGCCGCCGCCGCCGCGCAUUAUUCUUGAUGAAAUGUAG